GGCGGCAGCAGCGUGAGUACUGCAGGGACGACCAGGCAGCAGCGCCGACCGCGACGCCGGGGAAGCCCGCGCCUCGGCGGCGGUCCCGGGUAGCCGAAGCCAGAGCCGCUGCGGAGCCGCGGCGCGGGGAAGCCGCAGGUCGAGCCGGGCCCGAGCGCGGGGCGCGGGCAUCCGACCCCGCUGCGUGCGUCCAGGGCGGCUGCGCGGGAGACAAAGCCUCCGGAGAAGGAUGCCCGCGGGGCGCGCACCGGGCGGGCCAGGCAGUGGGCUCCUUCGGGUCUAAGCGCUCCUGGCCCCGCGCCCCGGGGACGCCGAGGCCCCGCCGGGUCCAGCGGCGGGCGGAGCCCAGGUGCGCCCGGCCGCAGCGGGCCCGUGACUGCUCAGGGGGCGGCGCCCUCCCGCCGCAGCCGCAGUGGCCGGCGCCGCAGCGAGGAGCCAUGGGCAACAUCUCCUCCAACAUCUCGGCCUUCCAGUCCCUGCACAUCGUGAUGCUGGGCUUGGACUCGGCCGGCAAGACCACGGUGCUCUACCGGCUCAAGUUCAACGAGUUCGUGAACACGGUGCCCACCAUCGGCUUCAACACCGAGAAGAUCAAACUGAGCAACGGCACCGCCAAGGGCAUCAGCUGCCACUUUUGGGACGUGGGCGGCCAGGAGAAGCUACGGCCGCUGUGGAAGUCCUACAGUCGCUGCACGGACGGCAUCAUCUACGUGGUGGAUUCGGUGGAUGUGGACCGCCUGGAGGAGGCCAAGACAGAGCUGCACAAGGUGACCAAGUUUGCCGAGAACCAGGGCACGCCGCUGCUGGUCAUCGCCAACAAGCAGGACCUGCCCAAGUCGCUGCCGGUGGCCGAGAUUGAGAAGCAGCUGGCGCUGCAUGAGCUCAUCCCGGCCACCACCUACCAUGUCCAGCCGGCUUGCGCCAUCAUCGGCGAGGGCCUCACCGAGGGCAUGGACAAGCUCUAUGAGAUGAUCCUGAAACGCAGGAAGUCUCUCAAGCAAAAGAAGAAGCGGUAAUGCGCCCGGCAGCGAGCAGGAGCGAGGCUGAGCGAGCGAGCCAGUGAGUGAAUGAAUGGACGUCUGGGUGAGCGAGAACCCGCGAACAAAGACAACGAACCAAAGCGAUGCUUCGAAUUUUUAAAACGCGAUCUCUGCAUCCGCGGACGGUACUUGGGGACGAAACCCUCUCCUGGGUGUGGAGGCUGCGUUACCACCCGCCUCGCCACCUGCCCCACUCCCCACCCCAGCUCAGGGGACCUUUUGUCUAAAUGCUUGAGCUACCGAUGGUGGGGGGGACCCGUGGGGAGUGGACGUGAGGACGCAAGGGUCCCGGGGUGCGCCCUCUGGCCCCAGGUGGGAAGCUUGGAUGUCAGAGAGACAAAAGCGAUUUCUUCUUGCUCCAGCGGGGCCAGAAGUUCAGGCUGCCCAGCCCCCACUGCGGGGGGAAAUCACGUGUGAGUUACCUGAGGUAUGCAGUUCACACAGAACCCUGGGGAUACCCCCGUGGGAGCGGGUUGCUGGGGUGUACCGAUGGGGGGGUGGGGAUGACCGCUCCUUGCAUUCUGGAGCUGUGGAAACUGAGUAAUUUUAUGUCACAGGGCAGGCCCCUGUUGCAGUUUCAUUUGUUCUGCUCUGGGCCCGGAGGAGGUGGUGUUUUGGGGCCAUUCAGAGGACUGCCUUGGACCAUGCGGCAGCUGGGGGAGCCCAGGGUUCUCUGCUCUGGCCUUGGCUGGGAAUGGCCUGGAAGACGCCACUUUCCAGGGGUGGGUGUGUGAGGUUUUUGUUGAGAACUGCUUUUCAGCCUGGGAUGAGACCUUUUCCAGAUGGCCUAGGCCCUGGCCAUGUGUAGGUCAUUAUCACAUAAAGAGACCAAUAAAACAAAGAAAAACAGAAAACCACUGGAGGCGGUGGCAGUACAGGUGUUUAAAGGGUGAGGUUCUUGACAUUAAUGCUGUGUGUGUGUGUCUGUGUGUGUGAGUGCGCUCCCUCCAUACUGCAUAAUUGGCAUAAAAACUGGACCCUCUGUGUGGAAUUUGAAAUUCUCUCAGCCUACUGAUUGGUUUGCAGGAGCACACCAGCUACAGAUGUGUGCUGAAUUGCAAAAUGGUUUUCUUACAAGGGUGGGGAAUCUGGUAAUUCUAACCACGUGGUGAUCUGUUUCAGAUAUGUUUAAAAAAAACAUUUACACAAAUGAAUAAUCUUCACCUUAGGAGAAAAGACUGCCCUUUUGUGGCCCUCGGCACUGCAAGUGGAGACACGUUCAGAUUUCUGAGCUGGGUCUUUGUAGCCUAUCUGGUUUCAGUAUUUUACUCAAAAUGUGUCAUUAGAGUAUUUGAUGUCAUUCACCAAAAGAAUAAAACCCCACCUUGUAAAUGCUAACCUCGUUUGCAUGGAACUGAAGAGAGGAAAAGUCUGAAGGAUGAAGUCCUUUGGAAUUCACCCUUGUGGGAGCUGGCCUGGCCUUGGAGCCAGCCAGCACUCCGGUUAAACGCAAACAACAAUGAGUGCUUGAGAUGAAAAGGAAGCAGACACGUGACGUCAUAGUCACUGGUACUCAGGCACUUCACAGUUUACUUGAAAGGCUUUGGAAAAAUAGAUAAAGUGAAAGAAUAAAGACAUAUUUUUACUAAUGUAAUUUAAAAAAAAUCCUUUAUAAUCAGGAGUGAAUCCUGGCUUGUUAAAAGCUGUCAUUUAUCCUGAAACACAGUAUCAAAAGAGAUUUACAACUGACUUUGUUUUUUAAUUUCCCCUCUGAAUCCAUGUUUUAGGGUAGGAUUUUGGUUUCCCUCCAUGGCGACACAUUGCUGUGCAAAGAGGCCGUGGUUGUGAGUCAGCCCAUCCCAUCCCUAUUGUCCUUGACACUGUAGGAGUCAAUUUAAGAACCAUAGGCAGAAAUCAUGGCUUCCUGCUUGAAACCCAGUCCUUAGGAGAUUUUUUUUGAAGCUGGAAUCUAGCGGCCCGCGCCCCUUUCUUGUGUGUUUGGUAGCCUCCUGCUACUGGUCUUUUUGUAAUCGGUCAGUACAGCUAAGCAGUGGUGAGCGGCCUGCAAGAUCUGUUUACACAGCAACGUGGAGAACCGGCUUCUCCGUGGGCUGGUCCCAUGGUCUGAAGAUUGUGUAUAGAAUUACUAAAAAAAAAAAAAAAAAAAAAUCCACCUUCUUUUAUUUUCUUCACAAUUUCUUAAGCACUUUGACAUUUUGGUAGUUCCACAAUAUGGAGAGAAUAAUAUAUUUAUUUUGUGACAUUGCAUAUGCCAAAUAACGUAACCUUCCUGUGCUUACGAUACCUGAGUUCCAGGUCAGUGUUCCGAUCGUGGCCUGCCUGAACGAUGGCUCGGGAUGAGUUUGUGAUUUUUUUCCCCGCCACUAUCAAUACUUAAGGGUGCAGGUGACUGUUAGUCGUUGUACAGUGAAGUCAAGCCCUGUGGUGUAUCAGCAAAUAGUUAAGAGUCUCAGUUGAUUUCUGUAAUGUUUGACCUAAUGAUGCCCAUUUAAUCUGUGACGACAGGGAGCCUAGCACGGUAACUGUGGUGGUGCCGAGGGGGAGCUCCCAUCACACGCCAGCCAGACCUAGUGCUACUAAUGCCCUCUGGGUUCCCCUGGGGGAAUUCAGCCUCCCCGAGUGAGGUCGGGAAUGGUUUCUGAGACACGGGGAGGCCGGUUUUGAUUUCGAGCUGUUCUCUUCACACACUCUGACGAUGUUGGAACCCCUGGCUUCCGUUUUUUGGUUUUCCUGUAGUUCUCUGUCUUCACCGUUCUCUUCUUGUUUCUACCCCCUUUUUUAAUGCAUAUAUGAUGCUGUGAACAGAAAUAAACUAUUUAUACAA